AUGAUCGACAUGAAAAAGAGAUUAUCUAUCAAUAUUACACAUCUGGUGGUUGAAAGGCCAACAUAUUUUAGUAGUGCGAAUAGAUUAUACAAUUCUAAUAAGGGUAAUUCUUACACUCUAUUGGAUUUUGAUUCUUUAAGGAAAAAUAACACACAAUUACAAUAUAGAGAAGAUGACUUGGAACAUGAUACUAGAAAAGCAGAAACUCUUAUGAAAAGAAGAGUUAGAGGACUAGCGAAUAAUAAGAAAGCAGUGCUUAAAGAAGUAUACAUUAGAUCAAGUGAUCUAGUAAGGUUAUACAGUAAUGUUAACAGUAAACAACGUUUUAAUAAUCUAAAUGACAAAAUUAUUCUCAAUCAUACUUAUGAUGAGGAUGACUUUGCUAUGAUUAAAAGUUUUAAGGAAGAGCAGCUACCAGCUGUACAUGUCCCAACUGAUGAAGAUUACAGAUGUGUAGAACAUUUAUACACAAAAAGUAAAUUAACGUUAAAAGAAGUAGAUGAACUUCAAGAUGAAUGUGCUCGCUGA